AUGGGGAGAAGGGAGGCGCUCGCGGUUCUCCUCGCGGUCGUAGUCCUCGCGGCGUCGGCGGCCGGGGAGGCGGGCGCGGCCAAGGCCAAGGGGAAGGCCAAGGGGAAGUACCGGGCGCUGUUCAACUUCGGGGACUCGCUGGCCGACGCCGGCAACCUCAUCGCCAACGGCGUGCCGGACAUCCUCGCCACCGCCAGGCUGCCCUACGGCCAGACCUACUUCGGCAAGCCCACCGGCCGCUGCUCCGACGGCCGCCUCGUCAUCGACCACCUGGCGCAGGAAUUCGGGCUGCCCCUGCUGCCGCCGUCCAAGGCCAAUCGCUCCGACUUGAGUCACGGCGCCAACUUCGCCAUCACCGGCGCCACCGCGCUCGACACGCCCUACUUCGAGGCCAGGGGCCUCGGCGCCGUCGUCUGGAACUCCGGCGCCCUCAUGACCCAAAUCCAGUGGUUCCGUGACCUCAAGCCUUUCUUCUGCAACGGCACCAAGGAGGAAUGCAAGGAGUUCUAUGCCAACUCGCUGUUCGUCGUCGGCGAGUUCGGUGGGAACGACUACAACGCGCCCCUGUUCGCCGGGAAGGGCCUCUCAGAGGCGUACAAGUUCAUGCCGGAUGUCAUCCAGGGCAUCUCCGAUGGCGUCGAGGAAUUGAUCGCCGAGGGGGCAGUGGAUCUCAUCGUGCCAGGGGUGAUGCCCACUGGGUGCUUCCCCGUGUACCUGAACAUGCUCGACAUGCCAGCCCACGAGUAUGGCGCCCGGAGCGGGUGCAUCCGUCAGUACAACACCUUCUCAUGGGUGCACAAUGCACACCUCAAGAGAGCACUCGAGAAGCUCCGGCCCAAGCACCCCAAUGUGCGGAUCAUAUAUGGCGACUACUACACGCCAGUUGUCCAGUUCAUGCUCCAGCCUGAGAAGUUUGUCAACUGUUAG